GGCGCUAGUGGCGCCUGCGAUUGUAGCUGUGUUGCUAUUAUUGCUGAUGCUGCUACGGAGGCCGCAGUACAUAGCGCCCGAGACGAGGUGAUAAUCGGGCGAAAACGCGCGAGCCGACGCACUAGUAGGCAGACAGCAGCAGUGGCCGACAGCCCGAGGGUGCCGCCGAGGUCCGAACGCGCCGAGCGGCCGUGACACGAUGCCGACGCGCCGAAAAGAGUGACACACUGCUCGCCCGACACCCUCUUCGCACUCUCGCACUCCAUGUUGACGACAAGCUCAAGCCAUCAGCCCCCGAAGCAGACGACAGGAGACGGCAGAAGCAUGACCUACGACCCCUACCUCAACAACCCGGCGCCCUCUGGCGAGGGAAAAGUACCAGAGUUCCUCAGACCCCUGCCCAAACACGCGACUAGAUACGAGCAGAAGCCGGCGUACAUGGCGCACUACGGAGGGGAGCAAAUGAUGAACGUGUACACGUCGCUGUCCGGGCCACAGGCCAACGUCAACCUGAUGCACAACAAACGGCAACCGAUUCAGUACUUACCGCAACCAGUCUACAUGGAUUCGAUCAUGCCUUACCACCCCCAACUGGUGCCACACACCCUCUCCAGCCUGAGCAUGCACGCUCCGCACCCUCAGCAGCACCAAAUGCGGCACAUGCCGCGCCACAUGCCGCCUCGCACGAGUGUCUCCUUCUACCACCAGCCUUCUACCAGGACGGUGACCCUGCAGGACACCCGGCCGACGCCCGUGCUGAAGCACAUACACGUGCUGCCGCCACCCGCGCCUUCGCCGCCCCAGAAGACGCGUCCGCAGCCGCCGCCGCCGCCGACAGCGGCGGCGGCUGCUGCGUUCAAGGUGCCGUCCGGCAAAGAGGGUUCGCUCAAGCACCGCAUCCUGACGCGGCCCGAGGCGGAGGAGGCGCCGCCCGCCAGCGUGCCGGACGACCUCAGCCCGGCCGCCGACCCCGUCCUGUCCGCCUCCUUCGGCCGCACGGUCGCCGACGUCGGCAUGACCGCCGCCGACUUCGGCCUGCAAACCUCCUCCACCGACACCACGCCCUGGAACGCGAGGAAACCCGAGUUCGCGCGCGGCACGCUCAUCGUCAUGCCUCACAAGAAGGUCAAGGUCGAAGACCUGCGCACCGAGGACUUCGUCACCGCCGCCCAGGUCAACCCAAAGGUCAGCCUCAACCCUUCCACGGUGGUGCGGAUCGUCCAACAGGGAGCGCACGCAGUCCUACAUUUGCGCCUUGGGCCGGACCAAAAGACAACUGAAAUGGCCGUGGUGUUGGAGCACCCGCUUUUCGUUAACGGCAAGGGUUGGGCGUCGGUGAGGCCGGACCUAAGCGAGUCGCUGUACAAUCUUCCGGUGGAGCAGCUGAGAGAGAACGACACUUGCAUUUUUAUGACGCUGCGGAGCGAAGAGUCGAAGAGCAGCGUGAAGCGGCGGUGGUCGGCGCCGGCCGUGAACGGAAUCACAACAGACAAGGACCAAGACUGCCCCCAACCGCCCCCGGCCAGACGCAUGAAGCACUGACUUCUCAGGGUUCGGCUCAAACCCGGAACCCUCCUCUCAUUACGACUGUUGUAAUUUAUGAUUUUCAUAAUUCGUUCUCGGCAGUUGCCACACCCGAGAUCUCUGGCAGAAUUAAAAGGUUUUUAAAUUCAUCGUUUUAAUUAGAGCUCCAUCCAUCGAUUUUCUAAAAACUUUGGUACCUGACACGUAGCAAACACAAACCAGAGAUCUUGAACGGCGGAAAUCCUUCUCUUUGAAUGUAAAAAGAGAGAAAGCACAAAUAUAUUUGAUCCAUAAAUGUUUAGCACGGAAAGCUGAAUAAAAAAACAUGAAUUUAUGCUGGAGUCCCAAGACGAAAUUCGAAGCCAUGAGCGCGGGAAAUAAAUAAACUGUGAAAUUCGCGUUCGGAGACAUCUGCUGAUCAGUCACGUGACUCAAUCCAGCCGUCUCAUUGGCUAAGAGAAAGCACGCACAUCAUAGCCUAGAUGCGUGCGCAUCUCUAUCCUCCAAUCAGAUGACGGGAUUGGGUCACGUGACUACUCCAACAAAGAUUUUUCCUUCGAUUAUAAUUAAAAAAUUACUAUAUUUUUUGCCGAAGAGGGGGGCGUAACCGAGGUAUUGCAAUAUUAUGGCAGCGCACCACGCCUUCUAUGAGCGGCGAGCAGCGAACUCUUGCCUCACGUGUUGUAAUCCCUCGGUUACGCCCCCCCCCCUCCGCUCAGACCGCUUUAUUUCCCGCGCUUUUGUUUUCAAAAAAUGCUGUUGGCAUUCGAUUGACUUCAGUAAUUCUGAAUUGUAAGAGAAUUCGUCUCUCCCAACGACCGAUUCAAGACCAUUCAUUGAACUGUACAUUUGAUUAUAUGAUUUAUGUGAUAUAGAUAACGUUUUUUUCUCCGUCAUUAUGGAAUCUCAUAUCAUGUGUAUUAACGGUGUAAAGUGUUAUUAAUUUUACUCUGAAUUGAGCACACUGCCUCUUUUUCUGCUGUGUUUCAAAUGUUUAAAUAAUAAUUAUUGCUUUGUGUGCCAACGAAAGAAAAGAAAUCUCGCGAAUCAAAAGAUCAGAGCACAAUAUAUUUGAAACAAAACUGAAACUGGCUGGUUUUGGGCCGAGUAGACUCGGUCUCGUAGCAGCUUUAAGUGUGUCACCUCGGCAAUAUUGCUGGACUUUAAAUAUAUAUAUAUUAUCAGAGAUGGCAAGUAUUGAACAGAAGAGUACAACUUGUAUGCUAAUUUUAAAUUUAUAUAAACCAACUCACACAAACACACACACACACACACACGGUGUAGUAAUCUCAUCACGAGACAAUCUUAAAACGAAAAAUUGUUCCAUGCUUUCAAGUCAUUGUAAAUGUGAGAAAAUCCGCGUGUAACAAACAAACUGAGACAGACGCGACGCGACGCGAACACAGGGCGCCAAAGUACAGUGCGAGUGUGGUGAGAGUACACAUGACGAGUGCCUUUUUACAAUUAUUGCAGACAGACAGACAGAAAAAAACAGACCUACGAGAAUGGGUGUGUGUAAAAUAUUGAUGAGAAAAUUUUAAUAAGUACCAUGCAGAAAGAACAGUGCGUGAAGCGAAUGCAAGCAAAUAUUUAAUAAUAAUGAAAAAAAAAUAAUGUUUCCUGCCAGACAAAAUACAAUUCUAUAUAUUCACGAUUCUAAAGCAGCAGAAGUAAAUUUAAUUAAUGUUGACGUGGAUCAGCAACAAACUAGAUGUACGAACAUUUACUCGAUGUAAGCUCAAUGAACAGCCGAAGGGGACAACAGGACGAAAUUUCAUAGACUGGCGAUUUUAAUUAUUCCAAAUUUUUCGUGAAUGGUCGAAUAUCUUGAAUUGCACAAAAACUUCUUGCUCCAUUUAAAAUCAAGGGAAUUCAUUGACGCACCUGUUUAUCCGAAAAUAUGGCGGUUUUUCGCUACAAUUCUCUGAGAGAAUUUAUAUUUAUACAAAAAUUUAACGGCUUUUUUAUAGUUUUAAUUUUUUUUAAGUGAAAGACCGUCUGUGACGAAGUUUCUGAGCUCACCAAUCGAUUCCUGAGGGUCGAAUUAGGUAAAAUGGAUGUUUUUUCCCGCCAAAAAGUGCAGCGCGACGCAAGAAUUUAUUUUCCCGCCAAAAUCAUAUGAAUGCGAGAAGUGCGCAUGCGUGAGAGCCACAAAGUCACUCUCUGCAAGUGCUCCAAACCAGCUGUGACGCAUGCGCACUUCUCGCUUUUGGCGGGAAAAUAGUUCGCACGUCCCGCUGCUCUUUUUUAACGGAAAAAACGUCCACUUUACCUAAUUCGGCCCUCAGGAAUCGAUUGGUGAGCUCAAAAACGUCGCCAAAGACAGUCUUUAAACUCAAGCAUAAAUUAUUUUCCGCGAAAUUAGGCUCUGUAUGUGAUGUAAAUAAGAAAACUUCAUUUUUUCUUCGGAUUAACAGGUGUUUUGUUCGCAUUGCACGGCACACAACUAACAAUCUCCAUAAUGUAGAUAACCUUAAGUCGACUGAAAAAAUGUGCAAACCUCCUCCUCAACUGCACCUGUGAUUUGAAGAUAAAGCCGUAAAAAUGUACAGUAACUGUUACAUAUAUGUAUUGGGAAGGAAAAGAAACAAUCGCCAGUCUAGCAAAGUUUAUUAAUGUUAGGGAAGGGCGCGAAGGAAGAUUUUAAUUCAUAAAACAAUAUGUACUAUUGUUGCUGUAAGAGAAAAUAAUAUAAUUGAUUUUGCGUUUGACACGGCGAUGAGUUGGAUUGUUGCUUCUGCGCUGCUGCGAGAGAGAGAGAGUGCGGAUCGAGAGAUAGCGAAUUAAGGGAAUGGGAAUGCGCGCGCGUGUUACUAUAUCCACUGGCAUGGCGAAGACAUGCGUGUCCUGCAAUUGGGAGUGAAUCAAACAGAUGUUAUAUUUUUGUUUUCACGUCUAUGAGAAAGAAUAAAAGCGAUACUGUCAAAAAACCGCAA